AGCGGGGCGGUGCAUGUCGGGCCGUGGGUAGCUAGUGCCUGACCGUACGGCAUGGAAGCAAGAGCAGCACAGGAGGGAGAGGACGGCGGACAGGGGAAAAUGAAGGGCAGGGAGGAGCUCAGCACCUGCAGCAGCUAACUUGAGGUAGAUAGGCUGGGCGGCUCGAAGCCGGGAGGCAAAAACACUGAUGUCAUGCAACUGCCCGCUCAGCAGCGAAAUCUGUACCAGGCAGUCGGAGAACAGGAAAUGUCUGCUCGCCGCGGUGGAGCAGGGGUCUGAUGAUGUCUUACAAUACCUGUUCGAAACGCUCAAGGUUGGGACCAUGGAAGAUAUCUGUAGAAUCCGCAACGAGCAAGGAAAGAGCUUUUUGAUGGUAUGUGUGGAGUAUUGCCGGGGAGAUAUUCUACAGUAUGCAUUGGACAGAAUGCAAGAUAGAAACGCCAGGAGGCAUGUGCUCGACGACACUGAUCAGAACGGAAAUACUGCUUUGAUUCUUGCCAGCAGUCUGGGUCAUGUGGACAUUGCAAAAUCUCUGCUCGUUGCCGGAGCUUCUUUACGAAUCCGAAACAAAAUGAGCAUUGAUGCAAUUCAAGAAGCUAAAGAACGGCAGAACCUGGAGAUGCUGAGAUAUCUCCUCAAAGUUCAAGCUGAUCAACAAA